UCCUCUGCAAACCUCCAGGUGAGCCUGCAUCCUUCUGCCCUCCUUCUCCCACCACACCUGGCCCAGCUCUCCACAACCCCUCUGCCCCCAGCAUCAGUAGCCUUCCUGCUUCCCCACGGCCACACUGCCCACAGCUCCACAUUGCGCCACCCCACUCCCUGGGAUACCCACACCACUGCUUCUCUCCCCACUCAACACCAUCUACUUACGCAACAUUCCCUCUUCCAGGGACCCUCCACCCCACAGCCAUGUCCUGCUACGACCUCUGCCGCCCCUGCAGUGGGGGACCCACCCCGCUGGCUAACAGCUGCAACGAGCCCUGUGUCAGGCAGUGCCAGGACUCCCAGGUCGUCAUCCAGCCCUCCACCGUGCUGGUCACCCUGCCGGGACCCAUCCUCAGCUCCUUCCCCCAGAACACCGCCGUCGGAUCCUCCUCAUCCGCUGCCGUGGGCAGCGCCCUCAACGCCCAGGGAGUGGCCAUCUCCUCCGGCGGCUUCGGCUUCGGAGGCCUGGGCUGCUUCAACGGCGGCAGAGCCCGCUACCCCUGCUAAGGGCCUGCGCCCACACCCUCACACCAACCACCUGCACCCUGCAAGGCGCCUCACGCACUCAGGAGGCACCUCUGUGUCACUGGCAGCACAUGAGAUCAGCAGCUCUUCAACCAGGGCUCUUCAGCCAUGAUAACAAAGAAGCAAGCAGGGAAGGGGACCAGACCACACUGCUUGCAAAAAGGGUCUCUGAAAUAUCUCAUAACUUGAGCGUUCUUCUCUGAAGCCUUUUCUCUUCCUGGAACGAAGCAGAUGGCCUUGCUAUAUGCAAUUACGGCCAUGGCUUUUUCUCUUGGUGCUCCUUCCUUUUCAUGUAUUUUCCUCAAUAAAGUUCUCUUGCACACCAGCCUCAGAAUUCUCUUCAUCAUUUCUUCAGCAAAUGCUCUUCACACUUCUCCCACUCCAAAGACACAGCUCAAGGGGCCAUUACGAUGGGACCAAAGGGGCCCCAUGACCUCCCCUGACAAGAAUGGUACCAACAAGAACAGCUGGGGCAUCGACUGGGCUUCCAGCACAUCACACAACAUCUAUGCUUGACCACACAAAGUCUUGGGCACACCAACGCCCUUCUGCCCAUGUCCUCUGAAACAACCUUUCCGUGGCAGCACACCCCAGCAGCAUUCUCCCACGGAGGCAAAAAAAACACAGUCACUGAAUCCUUUACCUGUUAAAGAAUUGGUAGUGACCAUGCACUCCUGCUGUCCUGCUCAAGCACACUCAGGAACAGUCAGACAAGGAACAUGUCCAGUCAGACUUUCAGUACCUCAAAGAACAGGGACUACACAAAUUACUCUGCUGGGUAACCUGUCCCACUGCUUGUCCCCCUCUCACUGGAAAAAGCUUUUUCUCCCUUCCAAGGAAGGUUCAAAUUCAGUGCUGUCCACCACCCUUUCUUCUGGCAGCAGACAGUAAUGCAAAACGGCUGGCUCUCUUUUCAUCCCUGCCUAACAUCUGGGAUUUAUACGCAAGGAUAAGAUGGACAGAGAGCAUCCUUGUGUCCCGGCUCAAAACUGCCUGCUCUCUCAGCUUCUCCACAUCGUAAGGAGGCUCCAGGCCCAUCAGCACUGGAGAACCACUGCACCGGAAUUGCUCCACCUGAUCCACGUCUGUCUUCCUCCUGGGAAACGUAAACACGAACCACCGGCACUGAACAGAAAUAAAAGAGUACAUCCUCCGGCACGCGAGCGAUGCUCUUCCAAAGGCUCUUCUGGAGAACGGGGAACUCUUUUGUCACAGGGCUGCAUUGCUGCCUCACCAUCCCCCUGCUUGCCAACAGCAACACCAGUUGCUCCUCAGCAAAGCUGGCUGCCACCCUCUCAUUUCUAUUGCUACCCGUUACUGCUUCCCAUCGGCAGGACUUCACUUUGCCCCUUCUGCUACCGCAGGAUGUCCCCGAAGUAAUACACAUAACCCAGCCUCUCCACGUCCUUCACAAAGGUGGACUAUUCACCUGGGGCAUCUGCUGCUCCUUCCCAUCCUCUACCAUUUGCAAACUCACUCGGAUCACUACCAUCACCCAGCUUUUUAAUGCAGAUGAUGAACAGUGCCGGCCUUACUACCGAGUCUUGACACAACCGGAACACUUCGCCGGACUGCUGCAUUCAGCCACUUUCAAGCCCACCCCAGCGUCCACUUUGACAGAUUCUCUGGGAUCGUGUCGUGGGAGGAAGCCUCAAUGCCUUUACCAAAGGCAAGGCAAUCAACUGCCAUGGCUCCCCAUCAUCCACCAGGAAGAUCACUCCAGUGCAGAGGAAGCUGAGGUGGCUUUGUAAAUCCACUGCUUUCUGCGAGGAUUUCCUUCACCUCCUCCCCACUGACUGACAUCAGGUCCACCAGCCUGACGUUUCUCACAGCUUCCUUCUUCAUUUCUUGAACACAGGAGUGGGAAGAGUCUCUAACAUUCCUCACAAAGCACUUCCAUCAUGCGCUUUCACAGGGUCAACUGAAAAGGGCCUUACAAAACAUCAGCAUUUGUGGGAGAAACUCAUUAGGUCCUAUAGAAUUCCUCACACCCAGAUGCACAUCUUACUCAUCUGACCCAGCAACAAGCUCCUGUGGGACAGCCUGCAUCAAGUCACCUUGGCUGAGCAGAGGCAUGACUCGUCUUCCAUCCACCCUAUGGUAAUCAGACAUCACCGCAAGGACCUACCUGCUGCAGCCCCAGGAAGCAUGCAGGCCUUUGGCACCAUUCUGACACGUCCAAAUCCUUUUCCAAGCACACCGAGCACAAACAUGGCAGCGCUCCUUGACACUCAAUUAAAAAGAAUUAAUGCUAAGGCUCAACACAUUUCCCAUUUCUUAAGUACCACUCACCCUCCAGCACUCAGUGCCUUUCCCACAUCCCACCAGGCAGGUGCGAGGAUGGCACUCUGUCAGACCAAGGCCCAGGCUUUCAUCUUGAUGACCCCAGGUAAGGGUGGCACACAGAGAAGACACUGGCACCUUUCUGGGAGCACGGCACAAUUCCCAGCGCCAGCAGUCUUGCCAACUGUGACACAGCCCCGCAGGGACAGCAUCCUGCGCUGGCAAACAGCCCUCCUCUGCCUGCAGGGACUGCCCGCCCCAGGCACACAGCAGGCAGCCUCGUUUCUCCAGGCGCACCUCUGUAGACACCAGGGCCAGCAGCAGCCCAUGCAGAACUCCCAGGGAAAGAGAGGAGCUGCAGACUGCGUAGUGAGGUGGGACAAAGGCGCGGAAGGAGGGAAUGUGAUUCCAGUGGACCAAAUGCAACAGGCAAAGCUUGGAAGCCUGAGGCAGCCUUCCAAGGACGCCAGGAGAUGGGGGACCCACCUCCUGCACAACACGGCCACAAAUGACCGCACACAAGUGCCGCGCGGUGACCUCAUUCCUGAUAAACACAGCUCACACUUCCUGCACGCUUUGACUCAAAUACCAUUCGCACUUCAACAUGCCAGCAGGGUCAAAGGAGCACAACCACAAGA